UUGUAUCACAGCAGCAACAUGAAAUUCUUCAUCGUUUUUGCCUUGGCUUUGGCCACCGCCUCAGCCUUUGACUUGAGAUCCGAAUAUGUGGAAUCUCGUGAUGUCAUCAUGCCCGUUGUUGAAACCGAGGGCCGCAUUACCAACGGCAACACCGCCACCGUUGGACAAUUUCCCUAUCAAGUUGGUUUAUCCUUGAAAAUUAAUGCUCUCUCUUCAUCCUGGUGUGGUGGUUCCUUGAUUGGUAACCGUUGGGUUUUGACCGCUGCUCACUGUACCGAUGGCAUCCAAUCCGUCACCGUCUACUUGGGCGCCACUGUUCGUACCUCCGCUGAAGUCACCUAUACCGUUUCCAAGAGCGACAUUAUCAUCCACUCUGGCUGGAAUAGCGCCACUGUUAAGAACGACAUCUCCUUGAUCAAGAUCCCCUCUGUCAGCUACACUAGCCGCAUCCAGGCCGUUAAAUUGCCCGCCAUCGCCAGCUCUUACUCUACCUAUGCCGGUGAUUAUGCCAUCGCUUCCGGUUGGGGCCGUAUCUCUGACUCUGCCAGCGGUGUUACCAACAACUUGCAAUGGGCCCGCAUGCAAAUCAUCACCAACUCUGUCUGUGCUCAAACCUAUGGUAGCUCCAUUGUUACCUCAACCAACAUUUGCGUUGCCACACCCGGUGGUGUCUCCACCUGCAAUGGUGAUUCUGGUGGCCCAUUGGUUUUGGAAUCCUCCAAGGUUCAAGUUGGUUUGACCUCUUUCGGUUCUUCUGCUGGCUGUGCCAAGGGAUACCCAGCUGCUUUCACCCGUGUGACCAGCUACUUGGAUUGGAUCAAAUCCAAUACUGGUAUCUCUUAUUAAAUUGU